AUACAUGGAUGAAAUUGGGGAUAGUAUUUAUUGAGCAAUAUAAUGACAUAAGAAGUUUUUAGGAUGUGUGUAUGCAGACCUCGUCCCUACUAUGAAUAACAGAAGUAGAGGAUAUUUCCAAGAGACCCUUGACUUGUAUCAUUGUCAUCAUCCUAAUUAACUUAGAACACCAACCUGGAAUCCUUAAAAUCCUUCAGUAGUAACCGGGGUUCAACUUCAUGAGAGUCCAGAACUUGGCAGGCAUAAUGCACGAACAUUUACUAUGAGAAACCUUAACACAGUAACAAUAAAUCAGUUUAGAAGAGGUUAGACAUUAAAAUUGCAUAACCAAUGCUAAUUCCAAAACUGGCCUUGAAGAUUUUUGUUAAACCAUCAAGAAAGGACAUCAACAUUCAAACCUCCCUAUAUUUAGUUAUAGUCAACCCCACCCAAAAAAUAGAAAUGACACAUCAAACCAAACAACCCUCAAACCAGAUCUCCAUAUCUGUCCUGAGAAAGAUAGUCCUUGCCACAAAAACAUCAACCUUAUUGAUUGAUGGUAAUCAUUUUUCCCAGUUUUAUAUACACAGAAUCGUACAUACACAUUUAAAAAAAGUACAAAAAACCAACACAAAAAUGCAAGUUAUGGAGAAGCUUACACAUAAAGGGGGAGCUGAGAAGAGAUUUCGAAGAUGGGAACUUUGAUUAAGAUCUGAAAUGACUAUAAGUGAUUCAAUUGCCGUCAUCUAGAUCCGUCCAGCAGUCCAAGUCGCCAACGCAUAACCCAUCGCUGGAAGUCAUUCUUAAACCUCUAGGUCAUUCACUGACCAAAUUCAACCUUGCCGGACCUCGGGUUUAAACGUUGGAUUCAGUUCAAUUCAAAAGCAGAGAUUAAGAUGAAGAUAUGUCAAAUUCAUGACUCUGCUUGCGGCUGAUUGAGUUAUCCGUUACCAUGCUGUAUCUUUUGAAGUUCUAUGGAUGUGGACUGGAAAAUUAGAAGAUGUGGGGUACAUUUACGGUGCAAUAGUUUUACUCGGUAUUAUUCUUGUGCUCAAAAAAGAAUAAAUCCAUAAAGAGUCAACAAAGGAAGAAGCUAUGCAAAGGUUAUCCUACAUAGGCAUGUAUAAAGAAUCAAAUAGAACUUUCUGUGUGGUUUGGUUCAUGGUCACAGAAUUCGCUUUCAGAGCCGCGACUUACGUAUUGGUACGAUUCGUACCCAAUCGCAAGUCGCCUGCGAUCCGAUCGCAACCGGUACGGCGAUCCGAAUCGCGAUGGUACGGUGAUCCAAAUCGCGAUGGUACGGCGAUCCAAAUACCCAGGUACAUCGCACCCAUCACCGGCGGUACGGCGUACCACUGGAGACUUCCCCGACUUCCUCUUCACAGCAAGACGUCGACUUCCUCUUCCCAGAACAUCAAUAACUGUGCGUAUAACUCAGCCAAUAUCCGACAUUUAAUAUUUGACCACAUUGGGUCAAUUAUGAUAUCUUCUUCAUAAAUGUUAAAGGAAGCAUAUAUUUUCUUCUUGGUCUGAACAUCAUUUGCUGCGACAAUACUCUGAAUGCAAAACUUUAUAGUAGUUUUUUAAAGCAUGUCUACUUAUGCUUUUAAACAAAAGCAUGAAAGAGGUGCUCAUUUGUUGCAUUUUUAAAAGAUAAAGCAUUUAAUAUCAGAUAUUUUCUGCAAAUUCACCAUCUAACACUCAAAAUCAUUAAAUUCAAGCAGUUUUGUCAUAAUUUUUUUUAAAAGAUAAAGCAUUUCAUAUAAG